CCAAGCCCCGCCCCCGCCAUAUCGCGUGGCUACAGUGCUAAUGCUAAGGCUUUGUCCGGCAGCGUUGGACGCUGACUCAGCUGUGGUCUUGAAUGGUAGAAAGUGAAAACAGUCACAUUUAUCCGCACAUAUUUUAAACAACUCCCAACUAUGAGUAAAAGAAAAGCGCCACAGGAAACUCUGAACGAAGGAAUCACAGAUUUUCUCAUCGAAUUGGCAAAUUAUGAGAGAAAUGUCAACAGAGCCAUCCAUAAAUACAAUGCUUACAGAAAAGCAGCUUCUGUGAUCGCCAAAUACCCUCAGAAGAUCAAAAGUGGGGCAGAAGCAAAGAAACUGGAUGGAGUUGGUGCAAAGAUAGCAGAGAAAAUCGAUGAGUUCUUAACGACAGGAAAACUGCGCAAGCUGGAAAAGAUUCGCAGUGAUGACACAAGCUCCUCCAUCAACUUCUUAACCCGAGUGACGGGGAUCGGUCCUGCUGCGGCCAGGAAGUUUUAUGAUGAAGGCGUCAGGAACUUAGAAGAUCUGAAGAAGAUCGAGCACAAACUCAACCAUCAUCAGCAGAUCGGGUUAAAGUACUUUGAAGAGUUUGAGAAGAGAAUCCCUCGUGCAGAAAUGCAGGAGAUGGAGGCUCUGAUACUGAAGGAGCUGGAUGUGGUGGACCCCGAGUACAUCGGCACCAUCUGCGGCAGCUACAGACGAGGAGCAGAGUCGAGUGGUGAUAUUGAUAUACUGCUGACCCAUCCGGACUUCACCUCUCAGUCUGAGAAACAGCCCAAACUCCUUCACGCCGUCGUGGAUCAUCUGGAGUCCAUCGGCUUCAUCACCGACACGCUUUCUAAAGGAGACACUAAGUUUAUGGGUGUGUGUCAGCUGCAGAAAGAAGAUGAAGAAGAGUGUUUUCACCGCCGUAUUGACAUCAGGCUUAUCCCGAAGGAUCAGUAUUACUGCGGUGUGCUGUACUUCACCGGCAGUGACAUAUUCAACAAGAACAUGAGGACUCACGCGCUGGAGAAGGGCUUCACGCUCAACGAAUACACCAUCCGUCCACUCGGCGUCACUGGUGUGGCUGGAGAGCCUCUGCUGGUGGACAGUGAGAAGGACAUCUUCGACUACAUCCAGUGGAAAUACAGAGAACCAAAGGAGCGCAGCGAGUGAAACCAAUUCAGCCUCAAACUGAGUGUGUGCUGCUCGUAUUAGUGUAUUUUAGUAGUAGAAGAGACAUUUAGGGAGAGAUGUGUAUGUGUUUAAAGUUUUAAAGCAGCU